AUGCCUACAAUUGAGAAUACCGAGCUCCAGGAUGCUCAUCUUCGCAAUGGAAAGAAGUGCAUUCAAUCAGAUGUCUUGAUAAUCGGAGGCGGUUUUGGUGGCGCGUAUGGACUCUGGAAGAUGCGAAAGCUAGGGUUUCAGACCAAGUUACUAGAAGCGGGCAAGGAGUUCGGUGGAACAUGGCAUUGGAACAGCUACCCUGGCGCUCGUGUUGAUUCCGAGAUGCCAUACUACUCGCUUUCGAUCCCUGAAGUCUGGAAAACAUGGAACUGGAAGGAACGCUUCCCUGGUCAUGACGAGCUCAAGGCAUAUUUCAGACACGUUGACAAGACAUUGGACUUGAGCAAGGAUGCCUUCUUUAACUCAGUUGCAACAAGCAUCAAACGUGAGGAUGGGCUAUGGGUCGUGCAAACAAGAGACGAUCGUGUAUUUCGGUCCACGUAUUUGAUUCUUGCGACCGGAUCUUCUUACAAGAAACAUUUGCCUGCUUUUCCUGGGUUGGACAACUAUGGACGAGAGGUGAUCCAUGCUGCAGACUGGCCUAUUGAUGGUCUGGACGUGAAGGGCAAGAAGGUCGGAGUGGUCGGAAACGGAGCGACUGGCGUGCAACUAGUUCAGGAACUGGGCAAGCAGGACUGCGAUUUGACCGUUCUAAUCCGAACUCCGAUCCACGCAUUGCCUAUGCGUCAGCGUAGAUUCACGAUCGAAGAGCAAGAAUCAACCAAAUUGGCGUAUCCCUAUCUCUUCGAAGGUGCCCAGAACAGUCGAGCCGGUUUUCCUUUCAGAGGCCAAACCAAGUCAUUCUGGGAGGCCACUGUGGAAGAGCGCGAGGCUAUCAUGGAAGAAGGAUGGAAUCGAGGAGGCUUCGCUUUCAAUCAAACCACAUAUCGAGACUUUAUCUGGGACCGCGGAGCCAACAAGGAGUUCUAUAACUUCUGGGCCAAGAAGGUCCGUCAGCGCGUCACCGAUCCUGUGAAGGCUCAGAUUGUUGCACCCAUUCCACAACAAGCAUUGUUCGCCACGAAACGGCCCAGUCUAGAGCAAGAUUACUAUGAUAUCAUCAACCGCUCAAAUGUGACGCUCGUAGACUUGAAAGCGACGCCCAUUGAACGAUUCUCAGAAAGAGGCAUUGUAGCAGGCAGGAAAUUGCAUGAGCUGGAUCUUCUCGUCUUGGCCACUGGAUACGAUGCAGUGACUGGCAGCCUUCUCAACAUGGGUCUCAAGGACGAGAAUGGCGUACCUCUUGAGAACAAAUGGAAGGAUGGCGUGCGAACUUAUCUGGGAUUGAUGAUCCCCGACAUGCCAAACCUGUUCAUGGCAUACGGUCCACAGGCACCGACGUCGUUCGCGAACGGUCCGCCCAUCAUCGAGAUCCAGGUCGAUCUCAUUGCACAGAUGAUUCAGAAGUGCCAGGCGGAGCAGUUGUCUUCGAUAUCUACCGGCGACGCAGCAGCCGAAUUGUGGGCGCAGGAAGUCCGCGAUACUGGUAACAAAACGCUCUAUCCGACGGCCGACUCGUGGUACAUGGGAGCGAAUAUUCCAGGAAAGCCACGCGAGAUGCUGCUGUAUCUUGGCGGGAUGGACACGUAUGCACAGAAGUGUCGUGUGGCGAUCGAUUCUUGGACCGGCUUUAUAACAGCAAGGAAAGAGCAAAAGGCCGUUCGCGCCUCUCUCUGA